CUGCGCACUGCCCUCCGUCGCUGAGUGAGCCGCAGUCUCUAGAGCACCCAGGUGUCUCGGUCUCCCGCGGCCAGCCUCGCCCGCAAACCCGCUGUUGUUGGGCUGCAUCCCGAGCGGGGACAUUGGCGCAGCACGGCACGCGGCCACCAUGCCGAUCAAUAAAUCUGAGAAGCCAGAAAGCUGCGAUAAUGUGAAGGUUGUUGUUAGGUGCCGGCCCCUCAAUGAGAGAGAGAAAUCAAUGUGCUAUAGACAGGCCGUCAGCGUGGAUGAGAUGAGGGGAACGAUCACCGUCCAUAAGACCGAUUCUUCCAACGAACCUCCAAAGACGUUUACUUUUGAUACUGUUUUUGGACCAGAAAGUAAACAACUUGAUGUAUAUAACUUAACUGCAAGACCUAUUAUUGAUUCCGUUCUGGAAGGCUACAAUGGGACCAUUUUUGCAUAUGGACAGACUGGCACAGGCAAGACUUUCACCAUGGAAGGUGUCCGCGCUGUACCGGGGCUCAGAGGGGUCAUCCCCAACUCAUUUGCUCACAUAUUUGGUCACAUCGCAAAAGCAGAGGGUGACACAAGGUUUUUGGUUCGAGUGUCAUACUUGGAGAUAUAUAAUGAAGAAGUCCGAGACCUUUUGGGAAAGGAUCAGACACAGCGGUUGGAGGUUAAAGAAAGGCCUGAUGUGGGAGUAUAUAUCAAAGAUUUAUCAGCUUAUGUGGUCAAUAAUGCUGAUGAUAUGGAUAGAAUCAUGACGCUAGGCCACAAAAAUCGUUCUGUUGGUGCAACUAACAUGAAUGAGCAUAGUUCGAGAUCCCAUGCCAUCUUUACAAUUACUAUAGAAUGUAGUGAGAAAGGUGUUGAUGGAAACAUGCAUGUCAGGAUGGGAAAGCUCCACCUGGUGGAUCUUGCUGGGUCAGAAAGACAAGCGAAAACUGGAGCCACAGGACAGCGCCUCAAGGAAGCUACAAAAAUCAACCUUUCCCUCUCUACCCUGGGCAAUGUCAUUUCUGCCUUGGUGGAUGGAAAAAGCACACAUGUGCCGUAUCGGAACUCUAAACUGACGCGUCUGCUGCAGGAUUCCUUAGGAGGGAACUCAAAAACCAUGAUGUGUGCAAAUAUUGGGCCAGCAGAUUAUAAUUACGAUGAGACCAUCAGCACCUUGCGCUAUGCCAACCGUGCCAAGAACAUUAAAAACAAAGCAAGAAUUAACGAAGACCCAAAGGAUGCUCUGCUUCGUCAGUUUCAGAAAGAAAUAGAAGAGCUGAAGAAAAAGCUUGAGGAAGGGGAAGAAGUCUCAGGCUCUGACGUCAGUGGUUCAGAGGAGGAUGACAACGAGGAGGGUGAGCUUGGAGAAGAUGGAGAAAAAAGGAAGAAGAGAAGGGGCAGUAGCAGCAGCAGUAGCUCAGACUCCACAUGUUCUGUCAUAGAGAAGCCUCUGGAUGAGUUCUUGCCUCAUCAAGCAGGUAAAAAGAAAGUUUCCCCAGAUAAGAUGGUGGAAAUGCAAGCGAAAAUUGAUGAGGAGAGAAAAGCAUUGGAAACAAAACUUGACAUGGAAGAAGAAGAAAGAAACAAGGCUAGAGCUGAACUGGAGAGACGGGAGAAGGACCUUCUGAAAGCCCAACAAGAGCAUCAGUCUUUGCUGGAAAAGCUGUCUGCUUUGGAGAAGAAAGUCAUUGUCGGUGGUGUGGACUUGUUGGCCAAAGCUGAGGAGCAAGAGAAGCUUCUUGAGGAGUCCAAUAUGGAGCUGGAGGAGAGGAGGAAGAGAGCUGAGCAACUUCGGAAAGAACUGGAGGAAAAAGAGCAAGAACGUUUGGACAUUGAGGAAAAAUAUACCAGUCUACAAGAGGAGGCACAGGGAAAGACCAAGAAAUUAAAGAAAGUCUGGACCAUGCUGAUGGCUGCAAAGUCAGAGAUGGCUGAUCUUCAGCAAGAGCAUCAGAGGGAAAUUGAAGGCCUCCUGGAGAACAUUCGGCAGCUCAGCCGUGAGCUUCGGCUUCAGAUGCUUAUUAUUGAUAACUUCAUACCUCAGGACUACCAGGAAAUGAUUGAAAACUAUGUCCAUUGGAAUGAAGACAUAGGGGAAUGGCAGCUAAAAUGUGUGGCCUACACAGGCAACAACAUGAGGAAACAAACCCCAGUGCCUGACAAGAAGGAGAGAGACCCUUUUGAAGUAGACCUUUCCCAUGUGUACCUUGCCUAUACAGAGGAGAGUCUGCGUCAGUCUUUGAUGAAGUUAGAAAGGCCACGGACCUCCAAGGGAAAAGCAAGGCCAAAGACUGGGAGAAGAAAGCGUUCUGCAAAGCCCGAGACCGUAAUUGAUUCUUUACUUCAAUAAAUGUUACAGAAUUAAGGUUAUAAUAAAAAAUGAUAUUCUCAUGCCUGGACAGAAAUCCUUAAUUAAGACACUGAGGACACCUGUGUAAUUCACAUAAUGUAAGCUGUAAAUUAUGGAGUGAGACUGGAAAUAGCAACUCUCCUACUAACUUUUAGAUUCUUAAGUUUCUGUACCAUGUAAGUGCACAUAGCUCAUGAUUGUUGAGGAUGCCACACUGUGCCGCAGUGCUCUGCGGAAGUAAGGACACAAUUCUUACAGAGCGCUGUGGUUGUAUGCGACUGUGCAUCUCUUAGCUGUGUACUCAACUAUUGCGUAUCUAGAUAAGCAGAAUCUCAGAGUAGAAGAAAGCCUGUCUUGUUUGCACACUGCGCAUGGCAGAUCGCCUUGUCCUAUGUCCUGUGUCAGCGCCUGGGCGGCUCAUCUAAGCAGUAACUUCUCCUAACACCCGACAGGCCUAUCUAAAUGCAUUCCGACUUUAUACUAACGUUUGUUGCAUUUAGGUAUGAGAUGACUGGUUUUAUGGAUCUCCUAUAGAAAACUAUGUAAUUGGACAGCUUUGCAGGUUUACAUUUUCAAGGUACAGUUUGAACAUGCGCUCCAGCGUCUGGCCACCCUCCACCAGUUUCUGUUACCCUGAGUCCACGUUCAGCCUUUGUUGUUGUUGCUGCUGGUUUGGCUUCCCCACCAAAGCCAGCAGUGGCCAUUUGGCUUUGCUACACAAUUUUAAAAAUUCCUUUGUGGCCGGGCGGUGGUGGCGCACGCCUUUAAUCCCAGCACUCGGGAGGCAGAGCCAGGCGGAUCUCUGUGAGUUCGAGGCCAGCCUGGGCUACCAAGUGAGUCCCAGGAAAGGCGCAAAGCUACACAGAGAAACCCUGUCUCGAAAAACCAAAAAAAAAAAAAAAAAAAAAAAAAAAUUCCUUUGAACAUAUGGCUUACAGACAGACACUCCAUUGUCUGAAUUUUAAGUUUUGAUGGAAAUGACUAUAUACAAAUUGAAACCAAUCUCAUUUUUUUCAGAAAAUGAAGCUAAGCCAGAAAAAUACCUUUUAAUUUUCUUUAUAGCAUUUUUAUAUAUAUAAAAAAUACCGUUCUCUGAAUUUCUUCUAUGGAUAAUCCAGUUAGUCCAUAUUCCUCUCCAAAAAAAGUUAUAUUCAAUAUGUAGUAAAAUAAGUUAUAAUACAAUUUUUUCUAUAAUAAAUGUUUUUAUUUCUUGUGUGUCUACUUAUAAAAUUGUUUUGAAGGUUAUGUGCUUCUGAAGCCUAUCAUGCUUUCUAAGUUUGAAAUUGUGCAAUCAACUCCAAGCUCUUGAUUGCAAAGGUUUUGAGACUUCCCAAGUUAGGAUUCCUUAGGUUCCUGUGAUUUGAACAAGUAGGGUAAAUACUGACUUAUCAUUCCGGAGGUGUGUGUGUAGGCUGUGGCUGGCUGACUGGGGGUGGAGCCCUGGUGAGGGAUGGAAACUGUGGUCAUACAUUUGUGGAGCCUUCCAGAAGGACCGCUCAGUGUCCUGUAUGUGCAGCGUGUGCUGGUACGACCAUGGCACUGUGUUGGUGUCCUCAAGGUAAUGGAUGUGGCCUGGGUGCUGUGACACACUGAGCAGAGUGUGUGUCUUGUAAAGACGCAUGUGAGCCAAGAGUCUUGGUGGUGUCAGAUUUCUCCUGGUGUAAACUUAACUGUUAGUAAUUACAGAAUCUUAGUUUUACUAGUAAGGAAAAAGAAUCUACAUGCCUUCAUGUCCAUGUUUCUAUCAUUUAACAGUUUGGCCUGGAAGGAAUAUCUGCUGUGAAUUAAACUAAAACAUUAGAGACAUUGAAUCUAGUGUGUUAAAGCCUAUAAGAGUAACAAAAGAACUCCAUAAAAACGGAAAAUACUGAGAAAAUUCUCUAAGCAUCUUGCCCUAGUAAUUUUGUUUGCUUGCUUGUUGUUUUGAGACAGGAUCUCUCUGUGUUAGCCCAGGCUGGCCUGGGACUCAUGAUCCCUCCGCCUCAGCCUCCCAAGUGCUGAGAUUGCAGGUGACAUCAUCAUUGCCAGCAAUCUUUAUUAAAGCAUGUGUGUUAAAACUCUAUUCAGAUGGACAUUGUUCAUUUUCUGAAAACCAAAUUAGAUUCUUGCCAGGUUGGGAGGUCUGUGUGGAGAUGGUAGGACACCCACUUCUGCUUCUCAUUUACUGUGUCUUUGUCCUCAAAAGGAAUUAUUUGUAUUUUCAGUGUUAAUUUCAUGAAUGGAUAGAGAUGGAGAACAAACUUGCUUAAUGUUUAAAAUAAAUGUACAGCUUUUAAAUGAGUGGGACAGAUCUAUAAAUAGGAUAUUGACAAGUAUCCUUCUUUUUCUUAAUUUAAAAAGUAAUAUUUAUUUAUUUGAAAAGAACCCUGAUAGGAAGUUAUGCUGGCUCUGCACUUACAUGCUCUACCAGCCAGGCUCUCUCCACUCAGUGUCUGCUCUUGUGAUGUUCAGGCUUAGCCGAGGGGAAGGCUGUGCAGCCAGUGUUUACCUCCUACAGGCUGUCUCAUUUAUGUUCUGGAAAAGGUGAUCUUCUAGUUUAUGUUUUUGGCAGCCAGAACAUCAAGGUUAUUUUGGAGGGGAAAGUGUUGCUUUAUCUGCAACAUUUUUUUAAAUUAUGAUUAUAGUUUUAGUAUUUCUAUUUUCAUUUUAGGUUUAGGAUGUAUCCCAUCCUCCCUGCCCCCUUUUAAGUUGUAAGGCAAGGAACACCCUCUUUCCUAUAGAGCUGUGAAUUAAGGAAUGGGCAAAGUUUACAUUUACACACACUGUGUCUGCCCAGUUUUUCCUCCUCCCCUCCCCCCCCCCCCCUUAUUUUGAGAUAAGAGUCCUAUGUAGCCUAGGCUGGCCACAAACCCUGUAUGUAGUUCAGGUUGGCCUUAAACUCCUGAUCCUCCUCUACCUCCUCCUCAUGAUUGCUGGGAUUACACUUGUGCACCACUACACCCAGCCCCCUCCCCCGUUUCUUAAUAUAUAUAAUUGUUUUCUUCUUUUUUUAAACUACUAGAAAACAUAGUUCUUCCUAGUGCCUUUGAGCUGACCAUGCAGUUUUGACUAAUUAGAAUCAGUGGAAAUCUGAGCAGCAGUACUGCAAUGCUGUUACCGACCAGGAUACAGACUGUAUAGUAAGUUUGUUGUGUUAAUUCAGAAGCCACACUCACGUUGUAUUUUAUGUAUAAAUUGUAAUUGUUCCAGCUAUAUAUAUCAAUGUUGUGUGUACAUGCAGCAUGGUAAGAUGAAAAAUAAAGUCCCUCCCCAAUGCC